CAUGACAUGACGAUCAACUACUAGUGUUUUUUUUAUAUCAAGAAAAACAUGGGCCUGUUGGGCCCAUGACUGACAAAACACUGAAUAAAUGGACAAGUCAAAAGAGAGAGAGAGAAAGUGGAGACCUCCUCGGACGAAUCGCAAGACUGGUCUUGUGUCCCCCUUUUGAGUUUCCCGGGAAACUUCCUCCUCUUCCUUUUAUCUCGUUAAUCUCUCUACUUGCUUCUGCUCUCACGCAUAGGCAUAUUUGCAUAUUCUUCACCAACCUGUCCUUAAAAAAGUUUCAUCCUUUUUAACUUAAUAAACAUCUUAAAAAGUUGUUGCCUUUUUCUUUUCUUUUCCUACUCUUCCCACUUCUUCUUCAGAUGUAAGCAAUGUUGUUCCGAUUUCUCCUCAUCUGAUUCAUAAUUUUCGUUGCUUAAUCUUUUUGUAAAGUUCUGUGCUUUCUCUCUCUUGAAAGAGGUAUCAAAUUCAGUGAAUUAAGGUUUUUGAAUUCAAAAUAAAAAGUUUCUCUCUUUCUUUCUUUUUGUUUGUUUGGAUGAUGGACUCCAAAAAUUACUCUAGGGUGGUCAACGGUUUCGAGUAUUACGAUGUGAGUUUCUUACCAAAUCAGAUUCCUGGUUCUGGUUUCGGUGUUCCUUCUUCCAGUGAUUUCGAUCUCCGUAUUGAUCAAUACCACCAACCUUCGAAUUGGGUUCCAGCAUCACUAGAUCAAUACUCUCCUCCAGCUGAUGAGAUUGAUUCUGAAAACACCCUUUUGAAAUAUGUAAACCAGCUUCUUAUGGAAGAGACUCUCGCGGAGAAGCAAUCUAUGUCCUACGAUUCCUUGGCUCUGCGACAGACCGAAGAGAUGUUGCAGCAAGUGAUCAACGACUCGCACACUCAGUCUCAUCUUCCUGAUUCCAUUACUAGUAGUAGUAGUAAUAGUAGUGGUGAUUAUUGGAACAGUAGUAACAGCAAUUCUAGUGUCAGCAUCGAAACAGCAGCUAACUCUACAGAGGCUGAAGUGUUGUAUGAUAACCAUCUUGGUGAUUCAGGUGUUGUGUCGUUUUCAGGGUCAACCAUGUUGCAAGCCGGGAAGCCAGCGAACGAGGUUCUUGUCAGGAGUAUGUUUAGCGAUGCAGAUUCAGUUAUGCAGUUUCAGAGAGGGCUAGAGGAAGCAAGCAAGUUUCUUCCUAAUACUGAUAAGUGGAUCUUUAAUCUUGAGCCUGAGAAAGGAAGAGUUGUUCAGGUGAAAAAAGAGAGAGAUUGGUCCGGCAUCUCUAAAACUAGGAAGAGUCAUCACGCGCGGGAAGAAGAAGAUGAUGAUCUAGAGGAAACUAGGAGCAGCAAGCAAUAUGCAGUGGAUGUGGAAGACGGGAAGUUAACAGAAAUGUUUGAUAAGGUUUUGCUUUUUGAUGGCGAAUGCGAUCCGCAGAUUAAAGAAGAUGGCGAGAAUGGUUCAAGCAAGGUUCAGGCUAAGAAAGGAGGCGGCCGGGUUAAAAAGAAGAGUCAAGCGGUUGAUUUCCGCACACUUCUAACACUUUGCGCACAGUCAGUUUCUGCAGGGGAUAAGAUUACAGCUGAUGAUUUACUGAGGCAGAUAAGGAAGCAAAGUUCACCUCUUGGUGAUGCAUCUCAGAGAGUAGCUCAUUUCUUCGCUAAUGCGCUUGAGGCCCGUCUUCAAGGAAGCUCAGGAACUAUGAUCCAGAGUUAUUACGAUUCCAUUACCUCUAAGAAACGAACAGCUGCACAGAUUCUUAAAUCCUACGAGGUAUUCUUGUCUGCAUCUCCGUUUAUGACUUUGAUAUAUUUCUUCUCCAACAAGAUGAUUCUUGAUGCUGCCAAGGGUGCUUCGGUUCUUCAUAUAAUCGAUUUCGGGAUCCUUUACGGUUUCCAGUGGCCAAUGUUUAUACAGCACUUAGGAAAGAGCAAAAUUGGGCUACGGAAACUACGGAUUACUGGCAUUGAGCUGCCGCAGCACGGGUUUCGACCAACCGAAAGGAUACAGGAUACGGGUCGAAGACUCACGGAGUAUUGUAAACGGUUUGGUAUUCCGUUUGAAUACAAUGCUAUUGCAUCUAAGAACUGGGAAACAAUCCGGAUAGAGGAGUUCAAGAUCCGACCAAACGAAGUUCUUGCGGUUAAUACAGUUCUCCGGUUCAAGAACCUCCGGGAUGUGACUCCAGGCGAAGAGGAUUGUCCGAGGGACGGAUUCCUAAAACUAAUCAGAGACAUGAACCCAAACGUUUUCCUCAGCUCAACGAUUAACGGAUCUUUCAACGCUCCAUUCUUCACCACACGGUUCAAAGAAGCUCUGUUUCACUACUCGGCGUUGUUUGACUUGUUUGGCGCGGCUCUGUCGCGAGAAAACCCGGAGAGGAUACACUUCGAAGGGGAAUUUUAUGGGAGAGAAGUGAUGAACGUGAUAGCUUGUGAAGGUGUAGAUAGAGUCGAGAGACCAGAGACUUACAAGCAAUGGCAAGUAAGGAUGGUAAGGGCUGGAUUUAAGCAAAAGCCUGUGGAGGCAGAGCUUGUGGAGUCAUUUAGGAAGAAAAUGAAGAAAUGGGGUUAUCAUAAAGAUUUUGUCCUUGAUGAAGAUAGUAAUUGGUUCUUACAAGGUUGGAAAGGUCGCAUCCUAUUCUCUUCUUCCUGUUGGGUCCCUUCUUAGCUUUUCUGUUCGUUCAUUAAAGAUUGUCUUGUAAUCCCAAGUUCUGUUUUAUUUUUUCUUCUGGAGGCAGAGCUUGUGGACUUUUGUUUUGUGUACUUGAUUUUCUUUACUUUUGCUGUAUACAAUGACAUUUAUACUGUGAUGAAAGUAAAACACUUUACAGAGUAAUUAUUUUCAUAUUGGAACC